AUGUGGGACUGUGAUGGUGUUGAGGAGUAUACUUGGGAGACUGAGGCAAAGAUGAAGGCAAGGUGCAGUGCGGUGAAAUCCAAGUGCAGAAGAAAAUUGAUGGAAAAGAUUGACCAAUUCAUUAGCUGGACUGAGAAACACCCGAACAAGAAAAGUCAGGGGAUUUUAACAACUCUUUCUCAAAGUGAUGGAGGUUAUAAGUAUGAUUACGCUACUAUUCCCUUUCUUGCUGAAGUUUUUAAGAAAAUGCAAGAGCGGAAUACAAGGAACCAAAAGAAACAUACCAUGCUUCAUGUAUUUGGAAGAAAGAGCUUUUCAAGGAAAAGAGAUGAGAUUAAAAUGAAGACGGGAAACAGUCCAUGUCGAGCAGUAUUUUUCGUUCAGUCUCGCAUGAAGCCUGAUGGAAGCAAAAACACAUGCAGAAUCACUUACAACUUUGAUGAGUCAAAAUCCACAGAAGAUAAACAAUGUCGCUGCUAG